GUUAAGAGGACCGUGUUGAUCCCCUUUCCAGACCUUUCAGAGACAGCCACACAGCAGCAGCACAAUAAUGAUGUCCCUGAUCCAGCUUCUGCUCACCCUGGGGCUCCUUGUUCAGGGUGAGACCAGGUUGACCACAAUGAAGUUCUGCUCUGAUGGAGAACAACUUGAAGAAGCAGCAUUGACCUUCUUCCAUCUUCUCUCUCCAUCUUAAAGAAAUGAGACUCUUGUGUUUGGAUGGUGUUCAUCUUUCUCUAAGCUGGAUUUGUCUCCAUAACCUUCUCCUCUUUUUCAUCUUUUCCAGCUUCAUCAGGACAAAUCCUCCUGACUCAGACUCCUGGGUCUCAGUCUGUGGUUCCAGGAGGGACCGUCUCCAUCAAAUGUCGGACCAGUUCAUAUGUUGGUAACAAUCUCCAAUGGUACCUUCAGAAACCUGGAGAAGCUCCUAAACUCCUGAUUUAUGCUGCUUUAAGCCGUCAGUCUGGAGUUCCAGCUCGUUUCAGUGGAUCUGGAUCUGGAUCAGACUUUACUCUGACCAUUAGUGGAGUCCAGGCUGAAGAUUCAGGAGUUUAUUACUGUCAGCAGGAUUACACCUCGUUCACACAGUGAAAAACCGUCGUACAAAAACCCCCUCAGUUAAAGAGGAACUGAUCUGACUGAACAUCUGCUUGUAGAGCACAGAUCACUGCUUUCAAAGCUCUGUGUCUCCAAUGAAGAUGAACUGAGAAGGUUAAACUUUGUAGAAAUCUUCAGGUCUAUUUUAAAUAUAUAACAUCUUUGUAUUUGUAGUUUAAAUGUGACUAAAAGCUGCAGUAAUUCCUUGAAUUCAUUGACAAAUAUCUGAGAGUCUCAAAAUCAGCCCAAAUCCUCCUCUGUCUUCUGUUCAUAAUCCAAUCAUUCAGAAUAAUUGUCCUUUUUUAAUCAGAUUUUCAUCCAAAUACUACCAUAUAAUAUGACACAUGAUGAAUAUUGUUUAUUGAUUGAAUCUUCUUUCAGAUCUAGAGAGAAAGGUCCAAAUAUUUCAAGUAUUUGACAUUUUACUUUGAAAAUCUUUUGUUUCAUUGCCUUGAUAAAGUCAUUAUUUCAGAUAAAUUUAAGUCAAAGAUGAAGAUUAAAAACAGAAAUAUGGAUCCAUAUGGUCCAACUGAAAUAUUAUUGUUUAUUAUUGUAAUACUAUUGUACAUGAUAGUGUUAUUCAGAGUCAUAAUUGGAUGAUAUUCUCUAAAUCUAAAACAGGAAUAUUUGUUGAAAGUGCAGUAGCAGUGAUUUGAUUUCUCUCUAUGCUGAUGAUAUCAGCUUUUAUCAUCAUCAUCAUCAUCAUCAUCAUCAUAUGUUUCAUCAGACAAUAACAGCUCCAUGAAAAGAGAUUUUUUACAAUCAGAACACUGACAAUAUAAGAGUCCUCGUCAUGGACGCCGCUCAAUACUCAAAGCUGAUUGGAUGAUUUUCAGUCUUUGUUUUCACCAGUUUUUCUCUCUCGUGUUUUUGGAGAAAUUUUCAGUUCAUAUUGAUUAUGAGUUGAACUUAAUGGACUGAGAAUAAAAAAACAUUUCAAAGUUUUCUUUCAGCUCAUAUUUUCUCAUCGACACUAAAUUCUUCUUUUUCUCAGCUCAUCCUAAAUGAGACAAACUCAGUUUUUCUUUGUUUGUUUCUGUCUGAAGGAGUCUGUAAAGACUUGAAACAUUAAAGAUGAAAAAUGAGA